UUUAAAAAAUUUUUUAAAAUUAAUUUAGAACAUUUUUCUAUGGUUACAAGAUUCAUGUUCUUUUCCUGCCCUCCUUUAGCAGACACUCAAUUCCUCUGGUUUUACAUGUGUCAUUGAUCAAGACCCAUUUCCAUACCAUUGAUAUUUGCGCUAGGCUGAUCAUUAAAAGUCUAUAUUAUAUCCCCAAUCAUAUCCCCAUUGACCCUUGUGAUCGAGCAGUUGCUUUUCUUCUGUGUUUCUGUUCCCACAGUUCUUCUUUUGGGGUUUUCUUGGUAGAGAUACUGGAGUAGUUUGCCAUUUGCUUCUCUGGCUACUUUUACAGAUGAGGACACUGAGGCAAACAGGGUUAAGUCACACAGCCAGGAAAUGUCUGAGGCUAGAUUUGAACUCAGGAAGAUGAGUUCCUGACUUCAGGCCUGGCUCUCUAUCUGUUGUGCCACCUAGCUGCUUUAUUGCUAGAUCAAAAUAUUGGCAUGGUUCAAUGCCUUUUGGUCGGUUACAAUGUGCUUUCCAAAAUGGUUAGACCAAUUCACAGCUCCACUAACUAUGUACCAGUGGACUUGAUUUCUCGCAGACCCUCCAACAAAUGAUAUUUUUCUUUUUUUUUGGUCAGCUCUAUUAAUCUGAAAGGUGAGUAUGUAAAAGAAACAAAAUCUCAGAAUUACUUAAAUUUGAAUCUCUCUAGUUAAUAGUGAUUUGGAGCAUCUUUUCAUAUAGCUGUUGAUUACCUGAAUUUCUUCCUUUGGGAAGUACCUGUUCAUACUUUGACUAGUGAUUAAUUGAGGAGUGACUGUCUUUCUUACAUAUGGUUUCCUAAAAAUCUUAGCACAGUUGGAAGCUGUAAUAAGCUUAAAAAUGCACGAUACCCUUUGGGACAUUUUCCAUAUUCAACUUUGUUCCUUAUGUGUCUUGAAUAUCUGAUUUUUAGAAGAUAAGCUCCUGCAAAGAAUUUCUCCAAUUCACCAUUUCACUUCUAAUUUUAAUCGCAUUGGUUCUAUUGUGCAAAACCAGUUCAAUUUUAUGAAAUCAGAAUGACUUAUUCUGCCUUCUGUGAUGCUCUUCUUCCCCCCACCUCCAUUGUAGAAGGCAUUUUCUUUCUUGCUCUUCUAAUUCUCCCCAUGAUCUGAACCUCUCUAUCUAGGCCAUGUUGAGGCUUGUUGUGCCAUAUGGUAUGAAGCUUGGUCUUUUCCUACUUUUUUGCUAGGCUGUUUUCAACAGUUUUUUCCCCCCUAAUAAUGAAUCCCAAUAGUUGUAGUCUGUGGAUUUAUGAAACUCUAGGCUAUACUCAUUUGUCUUCUCUAUGUUGUAUACCUAAUCUGUUCCACUUAUGAAGUUUUCCAUUUUUUAGCCACCAUUAAAUAAGUUUGAUUAUUGCUUUGUCAGGCUUUUUGAGACUGGGUACUGCUAGAUCCACUUUCUUAUCAUUUUUCCCCUAUUCGUUCCCUUGAAAACCUCCAUAAUUUGCUUUGGAAAAUGAGUUGUCUUAUUCCUUCCUAUCUAAAGUAAUUUAUUGUUUGGCGAUUUGGGUAGUAUUGUCAUUUUUAUUAUACUGACACAGUCCAACCAGGGACAAUUACUAUCUCUCCACUUGCUUAAAUCCAUCUUUAUUUUUGAGAAGUAUUUAAUAGUCAUGUUCAUCUAUUUCCUAUGUAUGCCUUCAUAGGUGGAUCCCCAAGUAUUUUAUACAUUUUUACUUGUUUCAAAUUAAAUUUCUCUUUCCAUCUCUUUCUGUUGGACUUUGCUAGCAAUCCUUAGAAGGGCUGGUUAUUUGUGUGGAUUUAUUUCAUAUUGUACCUUGCCAAAGUUAUUAUUUCAAGUAAUAUUUUAUUUGGCUCUGUAGGGUUCUUUGAUAACACCUUUAUAUCAUCUACAAGAUAAAAUACUUCUGUUUCCUCUGCCUCAGUUUAUUCUCCAAAUUUAUUUUUCUUAGUAGCUAACUUUUUUGUGUUAUGUUAAAUUUAUAGUUUUGUUUUUAUUGUUCCAUCGUUUUCAGUCAUGUCAACCUCUUUGAUCCCAUUUAGAGUUUUCUUGACAAAGAUACUGGAGUGGUUUGCUAUUUCCUUCUCUAGCUCAUUUUACAGAUGAGGAAACUGAGGCAAACAGGGUUAAGUGCCCUGCCCCAGGUCACACAUCUAGUUAAUUGUUUGAGCCUAGAUUUGAACUUGGGAAGGUUCAUCUUCUAGCCUCCAGAGUCAGCACUCUAUCCACUGCACCACCUAUAGUAAUAGUAGUAAUAAUGAAUGUCUGUGCUUUACUCCGAUUUUACUGCUAAGCCCUCUAAUUUAUGGCUCUUGGUUAAAAAUUCCUUCACAGCAAAGCUCCUGUGUGUCUGUGCUGGCUAACACGGUAUGUCCAUUUUUAUUAUUUAAAAAUAUGCUAUCAGAAGCUCUUUCUGCCUUGAUUUCCUUGUGAAUCUGUUACAUUACCUUCUAGUCCUUCUCUAAAGUGUACUGAAAUGCUCGGGCAAGUUUAUAUUUUUUUUUUAGUUCACUGUGUGAUUUUUUGUGACUUUAUAUUAUGGUGAAUGUUUACAUCAUGUUUGUAGUUUUCCCAAUACUGAACCAACUUUGCAUUGCUGGUGGGCUGCAAGUGUAACACGGGAAAGGAAGAUGGACAAGCAAGCAUCCUUACGGAAGGGAAGGUGGAAGAGAGGAGGAGGCUAAACUGAAUCAAGGACAUUGAUUUGAUUGAGGGAAGGCUCUGUUCAGCCCGGGACACGGGACCUGUGCCUUGAAGGCUGCUAAGGCUCCCAAGAGGGCAAUAGUCUAGAGAGGUCCAAGGCUGAAUGCUCGGGAAUGGCGCCUUCACCACCCCAUUCCUGGGGAACGUGCUGAUUGGAUUGCCUUGGAGCAAUCCCUGGAGAGAUGAGUUUGAAUGAAGGCUCCACGGGCGUCCCAGCGCAGUUUGUGUUCCACAUCCCGUACAGAGGAGUCUGAUGAGUGCUGGUCCAGUUAAUUGGCCCCUCUCCCUCCGGAGAUAUCAUGAUUGAGUCUGGAGUGUGUCCCAGGCUCCGGGUGGCGAAAGGGCAAUCACAGGAAGGGUGAAAGUGGACCGUUAUCAGGUCCGUCUCCUUGAGGGUGCGUCUGUGGUGAUGGGAUGCAAGCUUUGAGGUAGGGCCGGUUGUCCUGGGUUACGUGUGUGGGAAUUAGACACACAAGUGCCACCCAGACUCCUUGGUACGCUGGGCGCUCCCCCAGGCUGCGUCAGGUGGAGGCUGAGGGGUGCCCUGACGUUAGAGCCCAGGCUCGGGGCUGGGGAGCGAGGUGCCGGAGAGAAGCUGACAGCCAUGUUGGCUCUCCCUGCCUAGAGUGGCGCUCCCAAGGAGCCUGGAAGAUGCUUUGGUACGUCUCCACCACAGGCCGGCUCUGCCUCUGCGCCCUCCCUCUGAGCCACUGGCCGCCCAGAGAGAUGCCCUCCGGAGGAGUCCCGGCAUCCCCAUCCUCCUCCUCCGCCGCCUCCGCCUCCUCACCGCUGGGGCUGACCUACCUUGGAGCAGGCUGACAGAUGUGGUCCCCCCUCCCCUCCUAUUCCCUCGGAGGGAGCAGAAGGAGUGGGAGCGAGUGAACAUGGCUGCAGCGCGCCUGGCUUGAGCUGGCUGCGAUCCUUUUAAAUGACCGCAGCCGGAGGAUUCCGAAGCUGUACAGAGACGGAGAUUGCUUCCCCCGGCUUCAUCAACUCCACCCUGAGCCCGCCGGCCGCGGCCCAGAGGCCCUGCGACAUCACCCUGCUCACCCUGCUGCUGCUGGGCUCCUACAGCCUUUGUCUGGCGCCUUUGUUCGCAGCCGUCACCGGGAGAAGAAGUGCCUCCAGGAAGAGCGUGUCCCCCAGCCUGGUGGCCGUGCUGAGCUCAGUUGAAAAGGGUAAACAGAGGCACCCUCGGACGCCGUGUGGCCAGCCCCAGUCUUCUCCCGAUCCCCCCUCUACUGAAAAGGCGCAAGGAUUGGCCUCCUACCGGACAAAAUGUGAGCAUCAAGACAAGGUCAUCCUGCACCUCAAGCAGCUGCUUGCGGAAGGGAACCACAAGGUGGAAGCCUUGGCCGUGGUCAUCCAGCACCUGCUGGCAGAGAGGGAAGACGCUCUGAAACACCACCAAGCACUAUCGCAGGAGCUGCUCAGCCUCCGGGGAGAGCUGGUCACCGCUUCGGCCACCUUCGAGAAGGCCCGGAUUGAGCUGGAGACCACGUGCCAGGCCUUUGUGGACAAGCUCAACCAGCAGCACCUGGCCGAGUUGGCGGAGCUGGAGAGCCAGCUGAAGGAGCGCUACGCGGGCGAGUGUGAGCGGCUGCAGAGUGUGUGCGUGCAGGAGGUCCAGAAGUACCAGGCCCAGCUGCAGAGCCAGGUCGAUCACUUACACGCUGCCCACGAGGCCUUCAAACUGGAAAUAGAGUCCAGCCAUUCGGAGCAGGUGGAUUUGCUGAAGAAGACCUACGAAGCGUCUCUCACAGAAAUCAGGGAGUGCCGUGACCUGGAAAAGAAGUCCUUCUCGGAGAAGCACGAGUCUCUGCAGAAAGAGAUCCAGGAGCUGAAAAGCAAGAAUGACGCUCUGAAAGAGAAGCUUCAAUUGGAGGAGCAGAAAGCGGCUUCCAGAGACACGGCCGCCCUGAAGAACCCGCAGGUCAUGUAUCUGGAGCGGGAGUUGGAGAGCCUCAAGGCCGUGCUGGAGAUUAAGAAUGAGAAGCUCCACCAGCAGGACGUCAAACUGCUCCAGAUGGAGAAGCUGGUGGAUAGCAACACUGCCCUGGUAGACAAGUUGAAGAGGGUCCAGCAGGAGAAGGAGGACCUGCAAGCCCGAAUGGACAAGCACAUGGCCAUCUCCAGGCAACUCUCCAGUGAGCAGGUGGUGUUGCAGGAGUCCCUGGAAAAGGAGUCCAAGGUCAACAAGAGGUUGUCUAUGGAGAACGAGGAGCUGCUGUGGAAGCUCCACAACGGGGACCUGUGCAGCUCCAAGAAGUCACCCCCAUCCGUGGCAUCAGCAGCGGUGGGGGUGCUGCCUCUCUCUUCCCCAAGGAACUCAGCAUCCUUCCCCAGCCCCACAGGCUCCCCCAGAUGACCCCUCCGCAGCAUGGGCACACAGCUGCUUGAGCGCUCUCCGGCUGCCCAAGGAAGACUUAGGCCAGCGAGGGGGGGAGGGAGGGCACCGGGAGGGCACUCAGGUGGCCAGCUUGGCCCUCCAGCCCACGGACUCAGGGGUGCCUGGCUUCAGGGAGGGCCGUUACUGCACAGAGCACUUGGCGAGCCAGACCAGUCUUGCUUGCUGCCUUUCUCUCCCCCAUCAGGGGAGAACCAGCUCAGGGGCCUCUUCACUAGGGUAGAACUUUCCUCAGGUUCCUGGCACAGACCUUUCUUUGCCUUUGGGCCACGGAGGUGUGGCAAUGGGGUGGCACUAGAGGGGACUCAGAGCAGGGGGCGGGGAGGGGCUGGGAACUAACUGGUGGCUGCUUCUGGGGAGGAGGAAGACCUCGCUGCCUUCUGGGAGGGAUGGGGACCCGGCCCUUCAAAUUGGAAGCCCAGUUCAGGGGUUUUCAAUGGCUCCCACCUCCGAGAUAACACAAGCCACCGACUUCUGGUUCCUGUUCUUAGCUGUAGGGGGCGGCUCUCUACAGCAUAUCCCUGAAUCCCUCUUUUGGGUCCUGGGACGGAAGAAGGGCAGGGAUCCUCCUUUGAACUUGCUCUGGGGAGUCACUCCUAGAUAGGAGCUGCCUCUUCCCCCUCUCCCCUCUCCUCCAAAGCCCUGCUGGAAGACUUCUACCUUUUUUUCUGUGAGAGGAAGGUGAGGGAUGGACUCGCCCACAACCAACCCAUUUUCUGGGCACUAAAGCUAUUUCCAAAAGAAAGAAGCCAACCAAGGCCAGAAUCUGACCACAUGAACUAUUGAAGAACCCAGCAGCAGAUCAUCUGGGGGCUUGGCAAAGUAUAAUCACUGACUAGUGAAGCUUGAGAGGAAUUCUGGGGAGAGGGCAGAGGUGCAGAAACCAUAGUGUUGUACUCCCAGUUACAGCUUUCUGACUUCCAAAAGAAACAUUCCCCAGACCCCCCUCCCCCCAGCCACUGCCUCCAUCCCUGGUGACCUCGGAGGCAGGAAGUGUGGGGUUGUAGCACUCUUUGUCUUUGAAUCAUUGCCACCAGUGAACCAGGAACCUCCAGGCAGCUGCCAUGUGGACUUUGGACACUAGGGGGCGAGGCGCAGUUGAGGUGGCAUGUUGAUUUGUAACAAGUGCUUCUGUCUCAUGUCUUUACUCUCCAAUGCUCUGUUGUAUGUGUAAUCUCUUCUUUUUUAGGGAAAGCCAACUCCCUUUGGGCUCCCUUUGGGAACUGCUGGUGUGUCAUGCUUCCCAGGACAGGGGAGGCUGCCAGGGAACUCAGGGGGCUUGGGACAUAAAUGUGUUCUACUCUAGAGAGAUGGGAGAUGGCAACAGAAGGGGAGGAGGAGAAUAGCUCUUUGAAGAUGCUUUCCCAGGCCCAUAUGGUGGGAUGGUGCUGAGAAGAGGCAGGGGGCUAGCUGGGCAGAAUCAGACUGAGACUCAGCCAGGGAUGAGCCCCCCAGUCUCAUAGCCCUUCCCACAUCCAUGUCUUCCACCUCUCUCAGCCCCCAUCCCCUGGGAUUUAGAGGCUCAGAACCCCCUAUGCUGGUAUUCUGGAUGCAGCCCUGAAAGGUGGCCCUCCCCAGGGGCCAGAAUUGGACCUUCUCAGCCAGCUGGUCCUUUUGGAGGUUCCAUUUAUUUGAAUUGGGGGGGCUGGGACUCAGGAAGAAACUGAUGUGUUUUAAAUUGUGUUAAAAUAAUAAAUAAAAAUUUUACUUCACA